AUGGGAAUUAAGAGAAAGCCCCCAACCAGCUUAUUUGACCUCCUCGAGGGUCAAAUGGGGAAGGGUGCGCAAGGAACACCGCAGUCCAGUGCUCCCUCUCCACCACCUCAACCCCAGACCAUCCAGACCAGGUCAUCCUCCACCAAGUCGCAGCCACAAUCUCCCCGCCCCAAACUUCCUGCUCCUCCCCAACCAGCUCUGCCUCCUCGGCCGGAGCCCACUGACUCAAAGAGAAAAAGGAGUCCCAAGGAAAAGGAAGCCAUGGACGGGGAAAAAUCCCAAUCUUCUAAGGAGAGGGAUGAAGCCCCGCGUGUGAAACAAUUAAAGAUUGGGCACCAAAGCAAGGGUAAAGAGACUGAAGCCCAAUCCGCCCAAAGCAAAGGGAAGGGGAUCGAAGCCCAAUCCUUGCCAAGCGCCUGGCUUCCCGCCCCAAUGCUCCACGGGGGGCCACUGUUGGAAACCGCAUCCAUGAGGGACCUUGGAGAUGGCGAGGGCGACGCCACGCGGACUCUCAAAACUUCCAAGGACGACCUCGCAAAGGCCAAGGAUGCCUUAAAGGAGGCUAUCCGAGAGAGGGAUAACACCUCGGCGGGUUUAGAUGGUGCCCAAAAACAGGCUGAGGAACAGACUAAACGUCUACUCGAAGCCAAGGAUCAGUUGCAAAUAGCCAAGGAGCAGAUCAAUGAUUUGAAGAAAAGACUGAUCACGGCAGAGAAUGCUAAAGGUGUGGCGGAGUAUGCCCGAGACGAAACCUUGAGGGCCAAGCAGGAGGCUAAGUUUGCCAGAAACGAGGCCGAAGCUGCUAGGGACAAGGCCAAGGAUGAGGGUUACAAUACGGGGGUAGCUGAAACCCAAGCCUCCCUUAAAGCCCAAAUUCCCGGGGUGUGCAGGCUAUACUGCUCCCAGGCGGAGAGCAUAUUUUACCCUCCAGCCAUCCGUGAGGCCGCCUCUGCCAGCUCCGAGGCUGUGAGCGAUCAACACGAGGCAGGGGUUACUCAGUCAGAGGCUGCACAGAUCAGCGUCCCUCCUAGCGAGUCCCUUAAAGGGGGAGAGCUUCAUGAUGUGAUAGAAGCACCUGAAAGUAUGGAUCCCGAGGUGCCCAAAGAGGACGCCGAGCCUAUGGCAAUUCCCCUCACUGAGGUCCCCAAGAGUAUUGACACCGAUCCUGCUCAGUCUUCCCCAGAAGGGACUGUCCUCCAGGGCGUCGAAGUUGGUCCUGUUCUGCCUUCCCAGGAUGUGGCCGACACAGAAUUGAAGAAGUAG